UUAAAUUAUACUAUUUUAUUUUUAUUUUCGCGAGUUAAGUAAUCAGUCGAGUAAUGACCCACCGUUUAAACUCUCUCCUGUCUUGGAAUGUCUAAGCUGAAUUACCAUAAUUUCUGUAAAAGUUUACAUUAAUAUAAAAAAAGUUAUGUCGAAUCAUCACACUGCAAAACGUCCUCGACAUGCUCACAACUGCGUUAACGAAGAUCGGAUUAUUGCUGAGGUAAAAAAAGACCUUCAAAAAAGUAUUCGUCGAAUCGCAAGGCAGUUUGAUUUAUCACUCGAUACAAUCCAACGAACAUUGUGGUCGGAAAGUUACCAUUCGUAUCAAUACAACCGUACUCAUACGUUGACUCCUCAAGAUCUUCAAUCUCGUUUGAAUUUCUGCAAUUGGGUUCUGACUCGUGCACGAAAUCAUAAUUUCUUGAGGAACAUCCUGUUCACAGGCGAAUGCACGUUCGCAAGAAGCAGCUGCCGGAACUCAUACAACUUGUCUUAUUAUGCAUAUAAAAAUACAUUCUCGGCAACUGUACAGAAUUCUCAGGAUAGAUUUUUAUUAAAUUUGUGGGUCGGAAUUAUUGGUGAUCGCUUGGUUGGGCCUUUCCAAUUCGAUGGAAAUUUAACUGGUGAAUUAUAUGCUACGUUUCUGAAUCAAUGUUUGCAUCCGCUAUGUUUGAGGGCGGGGAUAAAUCGAGCGGAGCUCAAUAGAAUAUGGUACCAACAUAAUAGACAUCCAGCUCAUACUAGCUUAGUAGCUAAAAGCUGGUUGCGCCAGAAUUUUAGAGGAAGGUUUAUUGGUAAAAGCGGAUCGAAGAAGUGGCCUGCUCGAUCGCCUGAUCUGAAUCCUGUAGAUUUUUUCUUAUGGGAUUUUGUGAAGUCUGUCGUAUAUAGAGAGUUUGUCAAUAGUCUGCAAGAACUAGAACAACGGAUACAAGAUGCCAUAAGACAAAUAACACCUGAGAUGUUGCAAAGUUGUACUCAAAGUCUAGUUCGUCGAGCAGAAUGUUGCGUUCAAAUGAACGGUGGACUUUUUGAGCAUUUAAUUCAUUAGACAUUUCAUUUUUUCAUAUUAAU